CCUUUUUAUAAAAAGAAGUAAUAUAUGCCACGACGACUGACAACAACGAUUGCGUGUUCCUUGCUAUGCCUUCGACGAGGCUAUAGUACAGCAACCGUAGCAGCAGCGACUAGAACAGCUGCGGAAACAGUCAUACCGACCUUGCGCAAUUACCAACACGAAUGCAUUGAAUCAUGUUUAAAUCAAUUAAAGCAAGGGCAUCGUAAGCAAAUUGUGUCACUACCCGUAGGAAGUGGCAAGACGGUAAUGACGGAAUUGUGAAAAAAAAAAGGGAGGGGAGAAGAGCAUAGUUUGACAACUAAAGGGGCCACGCGUACGUGUGUGUAUGUAGGUUGUCAUGUCCAACCUGAUUGCCAAGAUACCCGAUCCGGCGCCACUGGCACGCAAGACAUUGAUUCUUGCCCAUCGUACAGAGCUAUUAGACCAGGCACAAGCACAGAUCCAACGCUACAAUCCAUCUUGGGUAAAGAUAUCCCACAUAAAUCAUGCAAAUAGAGAGAGAGCAAGAGAAAGAAAGCUUGAAAUUGAUAAUAAAAGGGUUUG